AUGCUGCAAUGUAACGCUACUGUGCCACCAGGAGCUUCUCUCCGACCCGCGCUGGUGGUGUUCAAGGACCUGCAGCCCGAGAACGUGCACGUGAUGCCCGAGAGCGCUGCCUGCGCGCGAGCUUCUUCCCGACCUGUGCCUGCUGUCCGUGAAGACGACGGCCACCCACUGCAGGUGAAGGGCGAGCCCACGUGGGUCAACAAGGACACCAACAUGAGGUUAGAUGCCACGGUCGUGGUCAACGGCCUGGGCCACGGCGUGGUCACGGGGAUCGGCAAGAUUCAGCAGUCGGUGCAGGACGCGUCCAAGGGCGAGGAGAACACGCUGAUAACGGGCGACGUCGAGGAGCUGUUAUCCAAGGCCAUCGUCAGCAGCGCCCGCGUCGCCGGCGUAUUUUCCAACUCAAUACAGCAUGUGAUUGAGGAGUCCGGGUCGUUGUCGUUUAUUAAGGGGGCCCUGAAGUACGAGUCCGUCUUCAACAUGGACCAAACCGCGAUUUUUAUCGACAUGAACGGUAAAACGACGAUUGACUUUGUAGGGACUCCUAUAGUCGACAUCGUUCAAGGCAGCGAUGUAAAUGGCUUCAGAGCCUCCGUUUCCCUGGUCGCAUCCGCCACUGGAGUAAAGCUGCCGCCACUUAUCGUCUUUGCCGGUAUCCCUGGUGGGCCGGUCUCGCAAUCGGCAUGGAGCCCAUACUUUGGGUCACCGCGAUGCGAGCACACGGUGCAGCGUAAGGCGAAUUGCAGCGAGGACGUGAUGCGUGAGUGGAUUCAACGGAUUUGGAAUUCUAGUGUAGAUGGCUGCAAGCUUUUGCUCCUCGACAGCUUAAAAGUGCACAAAGUGCAAUCGGUGAGGACUAUGCUUGAAGAGGAGCGCUGCACACAGGUGGAAUUUAUUCCACCUGGCAUCACCGGCAUCGCGCAACCGAUGGACGUGGCUGUAAUGAAGUCUUUCAAGGAUCACGUCCGGAAUUGCUACCUGACAUUCCACGUUGAGAACGACUUUCCAGAAAGACCUCAGCAGAAGCGCGAGCUGCUCUCCCGCUUUGUCGCGGAUGCAUGGAACAAAGUGUAG